AUGGGAGACGUUCUUGUUGACAAUCCAGUUCAUACUGUUCCGCCUCACAAAAAACAGCCUCUAUCAGAUUCCAUACCAGACAUCGAUUCGUUAGAAGGAGCUGGGGCAGAUGGAGGCGAUGAAUACUCGACGCUGAAGAGAUUACAGCGGCACUUGGAGUACAUCAAGCUACAAGAAGAAUACAUCAAGGACGAACAGAGAUCUCUCAAACGAGAACUCGUCCGCGCGCAGGAAGAGAUCAAGCGGAUACAAAGUGUUCCACUAGUGAUUGGCCAGUUCAUGGAAGCCAUCGAUCAAAACACUGGUAUUGUCCAAUCUUCGACGGGCUCAAACUAUGUUGUCCGGAUCCUGUCAACCCUCGACCGCGAAAAGCUGAAGCCAUCCUCCUCGGUCGCUCUUCACCGACAUUCCAACUCGUUAGUAGACAUCCUUCCCCCAGAAGCCGACUCCUCUAUUGCUAUGCUCGGGGCGGAUGAGAAGCCUGAUGUCACAUAUGCCGAUGUGGGAGGUCUGGACAUGCAGAAACAGGAGAUUCGGGAGGCGGUCGAACUGCCUCUGACACAUUUCGACCUCUACAAGCAGAUUGGUAUUGACCCCCCUCGUGGCGUUUUGCUUUACGGCCCGCCAGGUACGGGCAAGACUAUGCUGGUCAAGGCGGUGGCCAACAGCACAACUGCAAGCUUCAUUCGGGUGGUCGGCUCCGAAUUUGUGCAGAAAUAUCUUGGUGAAGGUCCACGAAUGGUCCGGGAUGUGUUCCGGAUGGCACGCGAGAACUCCCCCGCCAUCAUCUUCAUUGAUGAAAUUGAUGCAAUCGCAACCAAACGAUUUGAUGCUCAAACUGGCGCCGACCGAGAGGUCCAGCGUAUUCUUCUGGAAUUGCUGAAUCAGAUGGACGGAUUCGAUCAAACCAGCAAUGUCAAGGUCAUUAUGGCCACCAAUCGUGCGGAUACUUUGGACCCUGCCCUUCUUCGGCCCGGACGUCUGGACAGAAAAAUCGAGUUCCCGUCACUCCGAGAUCGACGAGAACGCCGACUCAUCUUCAGCACCAUAGCCAGCAAAAUGUCACUCUCGCCCGAAGUCGACCUGGACUCUUUAAUUGUACGCAACGACCCAUUAUCUGGAGCCAUCAUUGCGGCCAUCAUGCAAGAAGCCGGUCUUCGAGCGGUCCGAAAGAAUCGCUACAACAUCAUUCAAGCCGAUCUAGAGGAUGCCUACUCGAGCCAGGUCAAGGGUGCACAAGAGGCCGAUAAAUUUGAUUUCUACAGAUGA